AUGGCCCACUUCCCGCAUCGCCUGGGUCUCUUCUUAGUGCUAAUACCCGUCCUCGGUAUCAUAGCAGGAGUUUUGAAGUGGAACAGCGCGGUAAUUUUCACUCUCAACAUCCUCGCACUAGUUCCUCUGUCAUCAUGGAUCAACCGAUCAGUCGAAGCACUGGGUGUCGGUGCGAGUCGGCCAGUCAAUGAGCUACUGAAAUCAACACUUGGAAACUCGGUGGAAUUGAUGGUCGGCACCAAUGCGAUUAUACAAAAGAAACCGCACAUCACGCAGUCUGUGAUACUUGGUAGUAUUCUAAGCAAUUUGCUACUGGUACUCGGUGGCAGCAUCUUCUUCUCAGGCUAUGACCAAAAACGUCUCCGAUUCGAUCGCACUCUCACAACGGUCCUCUCGUCCCUCAUGAUGGUUGUCUUUAUCCUUCUCGCCUUACCAACAAUAAUGGACAUAUUCCCAUCCGGCAAAGCCACGCCGGCGGACCAGAUCCUCUUCAUGCAACGCGCGAUAGCUCUCAUUCUAGUUGGUCUCCUCCUCACCUUCCUCGUCUUUCGCCUCGGCACGCACGCGACUAUGUUCGCCAGCACCCCAUUCAGUCCACGAGAUCAAACCCGCGAUGGGCUCGAAAUGCGUCAAGAUCAGGCAACGAAUUCCCAAAUUCCGCGGUUGUAUAUCGGCAAGAGCCUCACAAUGCUGAUACUAGGGUUUGCCUCCAUGUCUACGCUUGCAUGCACUUAUUACCUUGUCAGCAGCCUGAAAGGGUUUACAGCAGUCACAGGAGCGAACCAGUCUUUCCUUGCUGUUACGCUUGUUCCUCUGCUUGGAAACUCGGUCAGGUAUUAUUCAAUUGUUGUUGGGUGCCGGUCCCACAAUCAGGUUGAGCUUGGAAUCAGAGCAGUCAUCAAUACCGUGUUACGAGUGACAAUGCUCAUUACCCCGUUGCUGAUUCUAAUCGGGUGGGCUUUUGAUCAGCCUCUUACCCUCCGGUUUGACGGAUUUGAGGCUACGAUACUUUUGCUUAGCGUGGUUAUUAUGACUUAUCUCAUUUCUGAUGGGCGAAGUAAUUACUUCGAAGGGUUGAUGUUGAUUGGAACGUAUGGUAUCAUCACGACCUCAUUUUUUGUUCGGCCUGAGGUACCGGCGAAUGUGAUCUACCUCGGAUCUUAG